AGCCGGAGCGAGCGAGCGGGCGGGCGGCCGGGCGGACGGACGGACGGACGGACGGAGAAGGGCAGGCCGGGCCUGACGACGACGGCGGCGGCGGGCGGCGAGGGAAGAAGAAGAUGGCGGACGGGGACAGCGGCAGCGAGCGAGGCGGCAGUGGCAGCGGCAGCGGCGGCGGCGGCGGCGGAGGCGGCGGGUUCCAGGGGCACCGCGGCGGCGGCGGGCCGGGCCCGGAGCAGGAGACGCAGGAGCUGGCCUCGAAGCGGCUGGACAUCCAGAACAAGCGCUUCUACCUGGACGUGAAGCAGAACGCCAAGGGCCGCUUCCUGAAGAUCGCCGAGGUGGGCGCGGGGGGCUCCAAGAGCCGCCUGACGCUCUCCAUGGCGGUGGCCGCGGAGUUCCGCGACUACCUGGGCGACUUCAUCGAGCACUACGCGCAGCUGGGGCCCAGCAGCCCCGAGCAGCUGGCGCAGGCCUCGCCCGGCGGGGAGGACGGCGCCGGCGCCGGCGGGCCGCGGCGCGCCCUGAAGAGCGAGUUCCUGGUGCGCGAGAACCGCAAGUACUACCUGGACCUGAAGGAGAACCAGCGCGGCCGCUUCCUGCGCAUCCGCCAGACCAUCAACCGCGGGCCGGGCGGCGGCGGCGGCGGCGGCGGGCCGGGCUUCCCCGGCGGGCCGCCGGGCCUUCAGAGCGGGCAGACCAUCGCGCUGCCGGCGCAGGGCCUGAUCGAGUUCCGCGACGCGCUGGCCAAGCUGAUCGACGACUACGGCGCCGACGAGGACGAGCUGGGCGGCGGCGGCGGCGGCGGCCCGGGCGGCGGCGGCCUGUACGGCGAGCUGCCCGAGGGCACCUCCAUCACGGUGGACUCGAAGCGCUUCUUCUUCGACGUGGGCUGCAACAAGUACGGCGUCUUCCUGCGUGUGAGCGAGGUGAAGCCCUCGUACCGCAACGCCAUCACGGUGCCCUACAAGGCCUGGGCCAAGUUCGGCGGGGCCUUCUGUCGCUACGCGGACGAGAUGCGAGACAUCCAGGAGCGCCAGCGGGACAAGCUGUACGACCGCCGGGCCGGGCCUGCCGGGCCGGGGAGCGGCAGCGGGGCCGGAGACGACUCGGAUGGCGACGACGUGGAUGACGACUGAGCCUCUCCUCCUCCUCCCCUUCGCCCCAUCGCUUUGACAACCUCCUUCCCUCCCGGGCCAUCUCUGCUCCACCGGGGAGGCUGCCACGGAUGGGGGGACUGGAUGGAAACGGAACGAAACCUGAUCCCGAGCUUUCUUCCCCCCUUCUUCCUCCUCCUCCUUUGGUGUCAUCGAGGAGAGGGAGAGAGUGAGCGUCAAGAUUAUUGCCUGCAUAUACUCACCGACCUGCACCAUUUUUGGAGCGGCCCCCUAGUUUUCUGAUCUCUGACCCCUUCGUUUUUCCUGGGGAUACAGUAUCUGUCAGCCUGUUGGCCCAUCCUCAGAAACCCUGGCUUUACAUCAUCGGCCCCUGCCCCCUGCAGAGGGGAAUCCUUGUGACCUCGAUUAACCUAAAUCCAAGCCCAUGGUGAAGAAAAAUCUACCGCAUAAAUUCACUCCAGCCUUCCAAGGUUCCUCAUCUACCUAAUGACUGAAAUGUUUCACUUUGCCCGAAGGAGGAAAAGAGCUGUCCUCUUUCUCUCCCGUACUCUUCUCUCUGGCAAUUUUAAAAUUGUGCCCCUCCGCUCUUGAAACCAGCAUUCUGGAGACUGCAUGCCACUGAGCACAGUUUGAAGGAAGGGAGAAGCCACCACAAUGGUCCAGAUCAUUGGGGGUGAGGGUUGGGGGGUGGGUGCAGAUCCUCAUGGGGCAAGUUGUGAAGUUCUACAACAAUCAUGGAUUUAGCCCAGCAGAAGUGGGGGGAGGGUUAAAAUGGGACAGGGGUGGGACAUAAAGGGUGGGCAGAGGAAAGAACCAGAGCUUGGGGGAAGAUAGUAGAGGGGGAAGCCUGUAUCCGGACCAAUGUCCAUUGUUGUCUCUUAUUUUCCCCUUUCCAAAAUUGUGUGUUUUAUUUCUGGGAUGCAAAUUGCUGAGCUCCAGGUGCCUGAACUGGAAUUGAUAGUGAAUUACUUUAAAGCUGGCAGGUUCUAAAGAUCUUUAAAGGCUUUUCUUUUCUUUUUUUAAUGGGGGUUGCAAACAGGCAGGUUAAAAAGAAACAGGCAUAAAGCACAAGGAAUGCAGAGUGGACUGAUGGCUGCUCACUGAAGUUCUUCCCCUUCUCUCCAAAUAAGGUGAAAGAGCAAAUGGCUUUAGGAGGUGGAAAUUGGAGCUGCAUUUCCGCAACUCCCUAAGAUGAUCCAGUGAAAUCUGGUCUGUGGCUAGGUUUUUGAAAUGCAAAAAUCUUAGAAUUGUAAUCUGGCAAAGGAAGUGUGUGGCUUCAAGUCUGUAAAAAGAUUGAGAAGGAAACUGGAGGCUUUUUUCAUCGUGCAAAUAAAUGGACAUGUUCUGUGAAAACAGACACCGAGAACCUCAGGUCCAGAAGUCCAGCAUUGGUUAUUCUUUUAACAAGAUUUUUUUUAACAAAAAGAGAACUUAGUCCAUUUUCUCAGUACCUCGCAUUAUGUUAACAGCAAAGUUGGCAAGAAUGGAUUGAUGGGAUGGAUUGUGCGGAGCAAUGCAUGCCCUGUGGGAGCUUGAUACUCAUCACUAAAAAGAAGCAGAAAGAAAUCGACAAAAUUCUGUGACUAUGAACAUACCCUAGCAGCAUUUACCACCUUCAAAUUUUAUUAUAGACUGGCUACUGCCAAUUCGUCCAACUGUCCUUCCCAAACAAAGUUGGGUCUCCCCACCCAGAGAAUUGCCUCAUCUAUAUAUUUUAAAUGGAUUCUUAUCUAAAAUGAUAUUUUUUUAAAACUAAUGAAGUAAGUCCUAUCCCCUCUAAAAAUGUGUUUUUAGAUACAUCAUAUACUAGCAACUUUGAAUUGAAUGGGAAUUAUACUGUUCAUUACAAAGUUUCGGGUAUUAUUUGUGUGACAUCUUAAGAGGCAGGUAAAGCUUCCUCUACAAUCUUUUUUUAAUUGUGCAUGCCUGUCUUUUAUUUGAGCUGCCUUUUUAAUUUAUUGCAUACCCUUAUCACCUUAUUUUGGUAUUAUUCUUAUCUAUACUGUCUUUGUUUUGUAUUUAUUAGACGGCAAGAAGACAUAAAAAGCAUUUCCUCACUCAGUUGUGGCUGUAAUGGGGAAAUUGGCUGGAAUUUUCUAAACAAUAAAAUAAAAUUGGUUUUACUAUAGUUACUAAGAAAAUCAGCAAACGUCAGAAUAGUUUACUACAGAAUGUUCAGCCACACAUGCGAUUGUCUAUUUUAAAGCUAUUUCUUUAUUCCCAGUAUCCAUGGUAGAUCUUUUAAUCAUAUUCCUGAAGAAACUUCUUUCCAUUUUUCUCCGUCGCAAAGAACUUGUUUCCUGAAUUGUAAUGGGAGCAAUAGUAUUUCUUGAUGUUUUAAUUACAUCCGUAUACUUGUACUGUAUUUUGUACUCUCCAAGGCAGCUGUUUUCAAUAAUGUCCUGCUGUAUUUACCUAUGUAUUUUUGUUCAAAUGUAUGUAGUUCUUUGCUGCGGAGAACAAUUUUCACCAACAAAAGGUUCAUGAUACAGAUUAACUGGGAUGCUGCAGCCCUCUAGGAUUGCAGAAAACUCUGCUUAACUGAAUAGAACUCUAGGCAGCAAUGACAAUUAAGGCUGCAGAUGCUUGGUGUAUAUUGCUGUAACUCUUCACUCAUUUUAAAACUGUAAAAUAUUUGUAUAGACCAACAAUGUUUUGUUGCUUCAGUGGUAAUUGGUCCCCCCCCCCCUUUUGUUGCUCAGCUGCUGUGAGCCAGUUAAGUUCUUGCAAAGAUGCAGUACCUCUCCUUUUCGGGAGGACCUCUUUUGGCUGAAUUGCAGUAACUAGCCUUACCUUUGUAUUAUGUGGUAGUGACAGGGUUUUGACUGUCCCUGGCCAGUGGCUACAUUAGCUAUAAUUAGCUGCCGAAGAAGUCUGUGGAAGUGGACAGAAGCGAACAUCGGUUGUAUGCCAAGAACGUUGCCAUAUAUGGUGUUGGCUUUGGCAACCAGAAAAAGUCUCCUGUAGUCAUUACGCCAGUUAAGCUAAUGUGUAUUGAGUACACAGAAUGACACGUGAACUUUCAAGGUGCAUAGGUGGUGACAAUGCAAUGCAUCAGUAAGUCUAAAUCAGAAUUUUGGGCCUGCUCGCGCCCAGCUAAGUAUAAGUGGUAGGCGUUUAAUUUCUUUUUAUUUCUAUUGCUAUUAUUUCAGUGCAGUAGGUGAACAGCUAGGCCUCUUGCUAUGGGAAAAUUAGGCCUGGUGGCACCAGGCUUUCUAGGUAUAAGAGUUCACUGUGGAAAUCUGGAUUCUUGGAGAGGGAGGCAGUGGGGAAGGCAGCUUGACUGAAAUCUGUACAAAUCGAGCCUUUUCCCCACUUGCAGAGCUUGGAACGUUGGGUUUUAAAACAGUUGAGGCUGCAAAUAUUGUUUGAAAGUGAUUUGGAAACCUUAAUGGGGCCUCCGUGUAAGAGGAGUCACCAUUGGCAUAGGCUAACUGAUAGAAUACCUGCCCACACACCUUGCACACACUUAAGAAUCACGCGGCUGUCUCAGCAUGAUAGUUUGUCUCAGCGAUGGCUCUCUGCAAAUUUUGAGCAGGCAUCCUUGUGCCUGUCUAGGGAAAUCACCGUUUCUGUGGCGGGGAUAUUUGGUCAUGCUGGGAAAAUAUAUACCCAGAUCAUACCUGAGAUUAUUAAACCCUGUUCCUGUUUAUAUUCCUAUGCUUAAACAUUAAUUUGGGCAAAAGCUUCCCUAUUCUUGGUGCUGCAGGUAACUCAUAUCCUUGAUUUUUUUCCUGCAGCAAUGUUGACAAUACCUCAGUGCAGUUUACAAGCUGCUGCAUCCCACAUACCUGUGAUUAAGCUUGCGCGAGCCCAUUAAAGUUACUGGUGUUAAGCUGUCACAUGUUCAGGUAUGUCGAUUUAAGUGGCUUGUGGAUCACUGUCUUAUUAAAAUGUAGAUUCUGUAGAGAAAAAAAUGGACAACCUCUCUGGGGAGUUCUGCAUAUCUGGCAUUUCUCGACUUCUAUUGUCCUUGAAAUGAUGCAUCUGCUGUACAAAAUGAAAUGUAAAUCUUGUAUAGCACCAAAAAUUGUAAAUAUUUGAGGCAUACAGGUAUAAACGCCCGUAGCUUUAGCUCACAUCUAGUUAUGGGUUCAUGUUUUUAUCUCCAUAGUUGUCUGCUGCAGAGCACUUGCAGGUCUAUCAGCGAGGGCUGUGAUUCUUUUAUCUCAAAAGAAAAGUAGUCAGUGUUGCUUACCCUGGAAUUGUUUGCAACAGGUUACAGAUCCUAAAAAAAUAAAAUUAAAGCUUCUGCUUCAGUUUCUCUCCCCCCAAAACACAGAUGAUUAUCCUGUCCUAGCAUGUAGUUUUCAGGAUAAUGGGCAUAAGAGGCAAGUGACAAGAAACCACUCAUAUUGAGUGGUCCCAUUGUUAACUGCGCACGCCAGGGAUUGGCACAGCUGAGGAGGACUUGUGAGCUGCCCCUGUCGUUAAAGGGGGUGGUGUAGUGUAUUUCACUACACAGGAGAUUUUGAAAAGUGACUAACUCAGGCAACUUUUCUCUUGUGAGGGUGGCAGUUUUGUGAUUUUGGUGGAAAACUGUUCAGUGCAUAAACAAUGCGUGGACAUCUCAAAAGUUUUAACAGAAAAGUUAUGGUACUUUAUCUGAUGCACAAUUUAAUCUCUCAGCAGAUAUUCAGUUUUUAUUAAAAAAAACAAACAACUUGUGGCCUUGACUCUUAGAGAGAUGGAGGAAAAUCUAAUUUUUCCCAUUAUGAAAGUGGCACUUUUUGGCUUCAAUUUUAUUCUAAUUCUGCAAAGUUCUUAGUAAACAUGUCAUUGUUAUACCUCCUUUUUAAGGCAGGAAAAUGGUAGAUGUAUUGACACAUGUUUGCUAUGGAUUACAUUUAGUUUUCUAAAAGGAUAGAACCACCAAUCUAGUGGAGGCUAAACAUUUACAAGGACCCUGCUACCUUUUAAAAAAAUGGGUAUAUUCAAAAAAUUUCCCGAAAACAUGAAGUGUAGGUAAUUUUUCUUUUACCCAGCAGAGCCCUUUGGGGAUAUCUACUCUACAGAUAGAUCUAAUAUACUGAACGGUCAUAACUUUCACCAAAGAAUCUUGGCGCUUGUCCUUGGAUGAGGGUGCUGGGAGGUCCAUAGCCCCUCACAAAAGUAAAAUUCCUUGGGGAGAGUGAAUGGCUCUGAAGCCUGCUUAAACCUGUUGUGUAGAUAUGCCCAAGGUCCUGCAGCUGGCUGCUCAAACUUUUACAGUUACGUACAAAUGCUAAAUGGGUAGUGGCAGGUCUCUCAUUGCGUAUUUCUUGGUUCCUUGUUCAUCCUGAUGAAUUUGUGGUGUAAAUACAUAAUCUUCAUGGUCGCUUUCUUCUGCAGUGUACUUCUUGAUGAUCUGAUUCCAGGUCUUCUAGGGGUUUUUAGAAACCUUGCCUCUUGUCCAGUGCUGCUGCUUAUGGUAAUUUAGUGUCAGCAAAAUUACUGUAGUUAAAUGUUGUGCUUGAGCGUUCGCCAGAUCAUCUUAAUUGUUAGAUGGAGUUUACUGCUAAAACGUCCAUACUUGGGGAUGAUUUGUUAGAUCAGUGAUUUCCACAGCUUAAAGUUGGAAAUUCCUGGCUGUAAUAAGAAAACAAAACCCAAUUCCUCCUUCCCCUUCUUGGAGGUUCUGAGGAACCCUUUCUUUUGCACUUUGUGGUUUUAGCCAACACAAGACGAAUGCAAAACAGGACAGGACUGUGAAAGAUCGCUUUUUCGAGGGUAUCCUGACAUUGGAGAGAGAGAAAACACAAUAUAGUGGAUGAAACCUAGCAGCUGUCCCAUACAGGGUUUCCAGCCCAGAGAAGUUUAAUAGCUGAAGCAAAUAUUCAAACACCAGAGUGCGGCUGUGAAUUACUACCUCUUGUACCUGUAGAAUGACAGUUAUUUGCCAUGGUGCUAGACUAGCUACAUCUUAAUAUAGUCAGAUUGCUUUUCCAUUGUAAUAUAUGGUGGAAUAGGAUUUUUCCUUUAAAAAUCCCACUGUUACGGUCUAGACCACAAAAAUAUAUUGUAGAGUUGUAACACAGUGGCUGGGAACUAAAAAAACCUGAAUGACUAACCUUGUGUGCUUGAGCAGGGGUUAGACUCGUGUUUCUUAAAGCACAUCAUGUUGUAUGGUAGAUCACUUUUGAAACUGAGAAAAGUUUCAAAAGCAGUUUGUAGCACAGACGAUCUCUGAUUAGAAAGAGAAAGAGAGAAACACUCCCAGAAUCUCACCAAGUACAUGGAAUGCCAUUGGCUACACCAGAAGUGCUUUUCUGGGCUCUGGCCUGUAAUCUUCAAUUUAAAACUGCAGCUGUAGAAUUUAAAGUCAGCUGUAUAAACUGGCUUGUAUCUGAUUUUGGAGAACUAAGGGACACUCUAGAGGAGUGCUGCUCAGGGUAUGGGAAUAUCGGAGUAUUCUUUCAAGGAUGAGAGUUCCCCCUUGCUCGUCUUUCACAGUUGUAUCGAGGGCUGUCUGUUGCAUUGGUUUCUAAUGAGAAGCAUUAAGUUGCCAAAAAUGCUUGCUUGAGGAAGAUAGGAUGUUCCAGAAUGUUGACUAAUUAACUUCAUAAUCAAUUAUCACCUUGAUUUUCUUUGCCAGUCUUCUCCCCCUAGCCCCUGUGUUUUUAAUCUGACAAGGAGAUAAUGCUCGAGGUUUCGAUAUCUACUGGAAAUACCAACAAAAUUCUGUCUCUUAAAUUCCGCAUAGGGAAGGUUAAGUGCGCUUUGUCAAAGCCGUUUUGUAAUAUGCUGCUAUGUAGCCUUAAUCUUGUAAUGUAUUGUGCGUAUGUGUAUAUGUGUGUGUGUGUGUGUGUAGUAUGUAUACACUUACAUACAAAAUAAGCAACUCACAGCUAAGAAGCAGAAUGUUCUGGUUUGUUGAAACUUUCGUAAAAGUGCAGGAAAGCUUGCUGCUUCCUUCACCCGCCCCAGUUUACUGCCACUCUAUACUGUCAAGGUAGUCUGUGUUUAAAACUCGCAGAGAGAGCUUAAUUCAAAACAGCAGUCGCUGCGCAUCAUUUUAAUCUAGGCAAGUUUCCAAGGCAAGAUGUUUAAUUUCCUGCCCUGCUUUUCUAGGUUGAAAGGCCCAUCUGGUUAGAAACACCCAUAUUUGAAUUUAUGCAGGGUUUACAGGAAGAAUAUAGUUUAAUCUAAGUUUCUUCUUGCUGCCCCCUCUUCAGAAUUGGAGCUGUUGGCUCAGGCAUGCUCCAAAUCAAGAGGGCCAUGUAAGUGGUCCCCCAGCUUAUAUGCAUUGUCUAAGUAUUUCUAUCUUACCCGUGCUUUUUCAGGAUGGCCAGCUAGGAGAAAAGGGUCAGGUCACUGGUAGGCUGCCAAGAACAUGAGCUGCUCUCUACCUUCUGUCCAUCCCCUCUGGUAUCUUAUAAAUGUGCAAGUAUGUAUUGCUGAAUCCAGAUUCUCAUUGCUCUGUAGGGCAAUCUGUGUAGAAAAUGUGGCUUUUACACCUGUGUAAAAUAGUGGUUCUCAAACUCGGCUGCUAGGAAUCCUAGAGAUCUGCAUGAGCUUUGUAAGGCCCCUUAUGAAGGCUGCCUGUCCAUCAUAUUGAGGGGCAGCUGUGGGGGGAUUAUGGCAUUUGGGAACUUGUUCUCAGUUGGUGAGCGGCGACAGCAAGGCCUCAUCAUGACCCGUUUGAAUGGGAGGCGUGCCCUAGAAUGUACCCGAGAAUUCCCUGCAAUGCACAUAACAUUCUACAGCAGAUGUUCAAGGCAGGCUAAAUUCUUUGUGAAACUGGUUCUCCGAAGGUGUGAAGUUUGAAAGCCAAGCAAACAUGGAGUGAUGGCCUGUAUUAUGGUAGGCAGUUUAUUUUUGUUAAUGUUCUAGUGCCAGUUCUGUAGUGCUGGCAGUCUUCCACGUUUUGUCAAGACCAGUGGAACAAACGCAACUCACCCGGUUUCAAGGUCCGCUGCUGUUUUGCACUGCUUAGCUGGAUUGAAAUUUGCACAGGGGGCAGAUCUUGCAAGCACAAGUCCUCCAUUGCUGUGGUUGGAAGGUGCACCUCUGCUGUGCUUGUUUGCUUGGUCUUUGACGUCCAUUUCCAGUGGAAGGUGUUGCAAGCAGCUACCUCUUCACAUUAGAGGUUUUGCUUGUGGCAGAUGUUACAGUCUAUGGCUGACUUUCAUGGUAACAUUCCUCAAAAGCAAAGUGCAGGGUUAUCAAGACUGGGCAGGGCUGUGCGGGAUCAGUGCCCUCAGGAAGUGGAAGUUUUACUGGGCUGAAUGUACAAUGUCAGUAGCAAGCAAAUAGUUAAAUUUGGUAUAGAGUUGAGAAAACCUUGUGCAAGUGAUAUAUUGAUCAUACUUGGAUGUAAUCAAUCAACCCAUAUGUAAAUAUACACGUUUGUACAUUGUAUACAUAGAAAGAGAUGUCUGUGUACAUGUGUAUGUAUUUAUAAAAUUGUUUCUCUGCUAGAUAGUAAAUGCAAAAGUAGCUCUAAUUUUAUAUAUAUUAUAUAUAAAAAGCUCCCCUCUAUAAAUAUAUUCUAUAAAUGCUAGAAGUUAAUUUGUAGUAAAAUAGGACUGAUUUCAGGAAUAUCUGCUGAGAGACCAAAAAGUUCACUUUUAAGUACCUUAAUUAAAGAAUAAAGUUUAUUCCUCUUGUUUAUUUUUUUAUUAAAAUAAUUAAAUGCACUUUAACUGGCUACACACACACACACACACACACACACACCGCUGCAUGGUGCAGUUUCAAACAUGGAAAUGUUUCAGAAGUGCAGCACCCGUUCAAAUAAUACUCCCUUUUCACCUGUCAAGCAGAGCGCUGGAAACGAUUUGAAAUCCCAGGGUCUGAGCCGCCUGUUUGUCUUGCUGCCCGUUGGCUGAAGCUUAGAUUCUGAUUUCCCUUUUUGGGGUGGGGGGUGGGGGCUAGCAGGACUGCUUCUUAAAGAGCAAUGUGGAUACAGCCAGAUGCUACAGGGCUGUUUUCAAAUAGGCAGGUCCUGGAUUUACCACUAGCCAACUAGCAAAAAGUCCGAAUGACAUAAAGAACUCAUGUUAGUUGAGCACUCCUGACAAUAGCAGGUUUUUGCAAAUGGAGUUUUACAGUCUAUAUUUAAAAAAUUGUAUGUUUGUAACAAAUAAAAGUAUGCGGAAAAGUGAA